AUACUGAAGAAGCACUGUGAAGAUGGGAGAAAGAUUGUGAAUUUUAGGAAAUGGCAGGUCUAGAGAUUCUUUCACCUGAAGGAUUCCGUCUAGAUGGACGUCGACCAAACGAACUACGCCGUUUAGUGUGUCGUAUGGGUGUUUUCACUCAAGCUGAUGGUUCGGCGUAUAUUGAAAUGGGUAACACCAAGACAUUGGCCGCAGUUUAUGGUCCCCACGAGGUCCUAAAUAAGGCGAAAGCUCGUCAUGAUCAAGCCUUAAUAAACUGUGAGUUUAGCAUGGCGACAUUUAGUACUACAGAGAGGAAGACAAGAGCUAAAGGAGAUAGAAAGUCUGUUGAAAUAUCCAUGGCAAUUAAGCGAACAUUUGAGUCAUGCAUCCUGACUUCAAAUUAUCCAAGAUCACAAAUUGAUAUUUUUGUACAGAUUUUGCAAGCUGAUGGAGGAAACUACAGUGCCUGUAUUAAUGCUGCAACUUUAGCAUUACUAGAUGCUGGUAUUCCAAUGAAAGAUUAUGUGUGUUCAUGUGCAGUGAGCUUUAUUAAUGAAUCAGCUCUCUUGGAUAUAAACUAUCUUGAAGAAUCAUCAAGUGCACCUCAACUAACACUGGCAAUUUUGCCAAAAUCUGAGAAAAUUGUCCUUCUCAGACUGGACUCAAAGUUACAUGCAGAUAACUUAGAAAAAAUACUUGAUCUUGCAAAAAAGGGCUGUAAGGAUGUCUAUGCCUUGUUACGAAGACAUGUCCAUGAUUUUGCAAAAGAUUCAUUGGCAUCUAUGUGUACCUGAUCAUAAAACUGCAUAAGUGUGAAAGUAAUAAAACUUAUUCACAAAACU